UGGGAGCCGCCGCCCGCCCUCCCCGGCUCUGAGCGGCCCGGCCCCGCUCUGCUCCAGCCGCCGCAGCGCCUCUUCCCGCCGCCGCCUCAGGGCCGCUUGGCAGGGCUUGGCGCCCCCCCCGCCCGCCCGCCCGCCUUCCCUCCUCCCCUCCCUCCCCGUCCCUUCCUUCCCCUCCCUCCCCGUCCCUUCCUCUCUCCGCCUGGUGCCGCCACCGCCGAGGAGGAGGAACAUGGCGAAAGCGGAGCAGGUCCUCAGCCUCGAACCGCAGCACGAGCUCAAAUUCAAAGGUCCUUUCACAGAUGUUGUCACUACAAACCUGAAGCUUGGCAAUCCUACAGACAGAAAUGUGUGCUUCAAAGUUAAGACCACAGCACCACGUAGAUACUGUGUAAGGCCUAACAGUGGAAUUAUCGAUGCAGGAACAUCAAUUAAUGUUUCUGUGAUGCUACAGCCUUUUGACUAUGACCCUAAUGAGAAAAGUAAACACAAGUUUAUGGUUCAGUCUAUGUUUGCUCCAGCUGAUACUUCAGAUAUGGAAGCAGUAUGGAAAGAAGCAAAACCAGAAGAACUCAUGGAUUCGAAGCUUAGGUGUGUGUUUGAGCUACCGGCGGAAAACGAUAAGCCUCAUGACAUAGAAAUAAAUAAAAUUGUAUCCACAACUGCAACAAAGACAGAUUCCUCUGUAAUGUCUAAAUCAAUAAGUUCUUCUUUGGAUGACACUGAAGUUAAGAAAGUAAUGGAAGACUAUAAGAGGCUUCAAGUAGAAGUUCAGAGAUUACGGGAAGAGAAUAAACAGUUUAAGGAAGAAGAUGGACUGCGGAUGAGGAAGGCACCCCAGACAAACAACCCAAUAUCUGCUUCUGCAGCUGUUGUCAAGGACGAAGGGCUCAGCUCCAGACUACUUGCUUUGGUGGUUUUGUUCUUUGUCUUUGGUGUAAUUAUAGGAAAAAUAGCCUUGUAGAGGCAGCAUGCUGGAAAUUGUAAAUUGGUUUGAUGGUUCUGCCAUAUCAUUGGAUUAAAUUUAUUCAUAACAAUGUUUAAAAAAAAAAAUUAAUGUAUGACAUCUCACAGGUCUUGCCUUUAAAUUACCCCUGCACAAAUACUAUGUAACAUAAUCUAGAAAGUUUAAAAUGUACAAUGAGUGACUGAAUGAAAGAGAAUAUGCUUCAGUGAUGAAGGGGGGGAGAAAAUAAUGAGUUAACACUACAAUGGAAUAUUGUAUAUGUGAUUUUAAACAUUCUUAGACCCUCGUACAUGUUGCUGGAUUACCUCUUUUUAAAAAACAAAAAAAGGAAAAAUAGAAAAUAUUCCUCUACUGCUGGAGCUGGCCCUAUUGGUUGUUUGGAGUUGGGUUAGGCAGGAGGUGUUGAUAACUUCUGUAAAAUAUGUUAAUCCACCAUUCUGCUCAUAAAUUUAACAGUUUCUGUCAGUGUCUUCAACUCUGUGCAAGUUACCAAUUUCUUGGCACUUAAAUGAAUAGUGAGAAGCUGAAGAGAAUUGUACGUGGCAGUGCUGAGUGUGCUGGGCAUCAUGAAGAGGCGUUUAUUGACUGGUAGGACGCUCAUUUGGAAUAAAGGUCAAUGCCUUGUUCUCAUAAAGGGACCAAGCUACAUUGCUGUUGGUUCAUUUAGUUGAAUUAAAAUGUUAUUCAGAGAUGUUUAAUGCAUAUUUAACUUAUUUAAUGUAUUUCAUCUCAUGUUUCCUUAUUGUCACAAAAUUGACUAAUACUAUAUGGUAUGAAAAGGCACCUGUUUAAAGCCAGUGACUAGAACUGAAAAUUUGCUGCUGUAGUGAUAUGAGAUUCUUCUGCCUCCUGGUAUUUGGGCACUACACAAUUGUGGGGAGUUUUGAUCAUCUGAGCAUUGGAGAAACAGUGGUCAGGAAACUGUUUUUGUAUGUAAAUAAGUCUAUCUAGGGGAAAAAAUAUUAGUAGUAAACUAGUCCUAUGCCGUAAAAGACCAAUCCUGUUUGACUAUGUAGCAUCUUAAAAAAAAAAGACAAAAAAAAAAAAAAAAGACAAGAAAAAUUAAAUAAAGCCCCCAAAUUAAUGUUUCCUUUGUUACUUUUGUCAUGUUCUCAGUUUUAGAGGUGGGGAGGAAACAGUAUUCUCUGUCAACUUAGUUUUCUUAUGGCAUAAGGAAAGCUGCAGCUUUGUUUCAGGAUGUUUUGGUGUGUUUUGUUGUUUUUUUUCAACCUUAUUUUAAAAUCAGUUCCAACAACACCAUCCUGAGCUGGAUACACAGAAGUGUUGUUCAGAGUAAUUAUGCUGACUGCCGAGGUACAAGGUAACUUCCCAUUUUUUAGUUUGUUUGGGCUCAGUUGUUAAGAUGCUUGGUAGCACGUUGAAAGUAAGAUUGAGGUAAUUUUGUUUCUAAGCAUUCUUCUAGUACAAAAUGCAUAAACUCAAUGGGUUUUAACAAGUUGAACUUCAGUAGAUAAAAUAGUUUUUGAGCAUGUGAACUCUUAUGUAUUCUUUGAUGGUAGGUUCAAAAACUAUCAGUGACAGCAGUUUUUGUAACACCUUUCAGGAUUAAGGUAUGUCUUCUAACAGUGACUUCUUCCAUUCCUUUAUUACUCCUGUGAUUUCUUGAGAAAGCUGUUUGCACUGCAACCUGUCUGCUACACUCAUUGACCUUUAUAUUGGUUCCACUUCUGUCUCAAGGGUUUCCUGCUUUGCAAGUGCAAAUAAGUAAAAUUUGAUGUGAGGUUUAAUAAGAAAAUAGGAAAAACUGUUAACUCUUGUGUUCAGCUUAUGAACACAACUGUGGAAGUACUUCUAGAAGGUCCAACAGAAAUGAGAGGUGUAUCUUUAGCAUUUUAAAAUGGUAGUGCCUUGUCUGCUCAGGAGGGAAGUGACAGAGCUGUUAAAGUGUGCCUGUCAAGGGCAGAGGAGAUGGGAGAUGAGCUGGAAAGAGCAAAGCAGUGAGUUCAGUUUGGCAAAUUGGGCAGAACCAAUGCAAAAUGAUUUUUUCUGGGCAGUAGAAGCUAAUGACAACUUUUACAUUAAACGUUUGAGAAGAAUCUUUUAAAAAAGACAAGGUUGUAAGUGAUGUUGCAAAAUUUAUUUUCUUGGCUUUGAGAAUAUAUUUGAGAAAGCCUUUAUUGAAGGGAAACUGAGCUCUGCAUUGUAAAGAGGCAUAAAUAUGUUGAUCUCACAAAAAAUGUGUUAUCAGAAGAGUUGAAUUCCUAAUUUGCUUUAAAAAAAAUAAAAUACAUUAACUUUUUUUGAGACCCUGUUGUUCUGCUGAAAAAAACAGUCUCAAAAAAGGUUACAAAAAAAAUAAAUGGUUGUCUUUAUAGGGUAAAGAGAGAGGAUUAAAGCUUUGAACUGGUCUCUUCUGACUGUAUAUGUAAGAAAGUUCCAGGCAAAUUUUACACACACCAUUUGCUACCACAGUUGAUUUUGCUGGCACAGGCAGCUCCCAGGUGAAGGGAAGAGCCAGCAGGAUGUCUGUCUGCCUUCCAGUGUUCAGUAGUCACUACCUAGUGAUCUGUGACAACUUGAAACAGUAAUUUGUGAGCAAAGUUAUUCCUGUAGUUUCCACUGCAGAAUUAUUAGGAAGUCCCAGAAAACAGUCAUGCAUUGCGAGGUGCCAGACAAAUGUGUGAUGAAGGAGUCCAGCAGAGGACCUCAGUUCAGGAUCUGUUGGUAACAACUAGCCUGCAGCUGGGGCUGAGCCAUGCUAUUAGUCCUAAACAAGACUGUUGAAUUGACUGCUUAUAUUUUGGAACUUGAGAAAAUUCUUAGGCCUUUCCUACCCGUUUCUGAAAAGAGCCUUGAACAGACAGUAGCGCUGAAUUGUCUGGCUAAUGCUUUUGCUUUUGCUGAGCUUAAAAUAAAACAACUGAUUGGUGGAAUCAUUACCUGUCUGUUUGACCAGACCUUUGUUUCAUAUGCGUAUCUAGAAAGAAAUCCAAGGUUGUUUUCUUCCAAGGUUCCUGGAAGUCCAAUCUGUAGAUACAUUGCAAAAAUAUAUUGCAUGGGGAUAGCCUUAAGCCACCUGGACCUUUUUUAAGUUGUUAUUUUCAUGAUGACACAAGAGCAAAUGUUUUCAUGAAGUAUUCAUAGAAAGUGAAUUAUUCUGGGGGGUGUUGUGUAUCUCAGGAAGCUAUGCAUAAAACAUAGAGUUUCUAAAUAAGAUUGUCUGGUGUCCUAACACACCAGGUAUUAGAAGAAUUUAAUUGAUACAUGAUAGUAGAAAUCAAGUUAUUACUUUAAUUAUUGUCCUUACUGUUAUUUUAAGAUGCAUAUUUGCAUAUACAUUUAUUGUUUAUUUUUGUAAAAGCCAGUAGAAGCUGCUUAGGUAGUCCUGGUUUUGUGGAGCUUUGCACUCCUGUCUGCACUCUUAGGGCAUAUUUGGUAUAAAUGGGUAUCUAAAAUGCCCUGAAGCCUAGUACUAGGAAAUGAAUGGAAAAUGGCUUCUACUAUUUUAACAUAGUUAUCCACACCUCAAAGCAAAAACUCCAUGCAUGAGUGAUCACAACUGUUGCUGUGCAUUGGCUGCUCUUGGCUGUGAAUGCACCAAUGGAACGAUUGCAUCUGCAGGGUAGACACCCUGUUCAAGUUACUGCUGAAAAGCUUUAGGAGUUGAAGGGCACAAUAAUAGGUUGUGUGUCAUGUUGAGAGGGAUUGAUGUACCAUAAUGUAAGAUUCUAAAAAUGCAGAAUUGUAAUAGCUGGAUGGUGGUAUUCCGUGUUACUUUUUUGUCCUGAAGUGCUGUUGAUGGGCUACAGUUGGAACCUCACUUGCAAAUUACUAGAGCUUCUUCUCUUUGAUAAACUAUAAAGGGUUUUUAUUCACUGCACGUAUAAAUUUGUAAAUCUUACUGCAGUCUUGACUUAGCAAUCAGCAUAUUUACAUAGUGGUGUGCACAAAAAAUGGAUUGUUAACGUCUUAGGACACUUGAUGUUGCAGCUGGCUACAGAAAGAAAAGUGUAAUCCCUUUUAUUUAGAAACCAUGUAUGAUACUUUCAUCUCUUCAUGGAAGCACUUCCUUAAUUCUCAGGCACAAUAGUGACUUAACUGUAAUAUGUGAAGUUUUUGAAACUAUACUUCUCUUGCUCUACAUGAUGUCCUGACAUACAGUAUCCUGAGUUCUGUUUUCUAUAUAAAGUAACUGAGAAAAAAACAACAAAUGCAACGAAAAAUCCCUCUUUUUGAAAUGAAAGAACAUGUAAAACAAGCACUCUGAACUUCAUGUUUGUCGUGGCUGUGUUACAGCUGCAACAGCACUUCACAGCAGCACUGGAGCAGCUUGGGCUGGAGAGCCACUUUUUUGUUGUUUGAAAAUGGGUUAAGCAUCCAUUACUCAAAUCCUCAAGUGAGCAAGUUGAGAAGGGGCAGGUGGCAACUGAUUGCAGUGUACAUAGUUGAGAUUUUUAUUUUUUUUCAACUGAAACACUACAAAAAAAGAAAAUAAUUGUGCAGGAGUGAGACUAGUUCAAUGCCAUCUGUGGAAGUUGCUAUUCUUUGUAAUCAGAUACAUGUCUACAAAUUUAAUUUACUAAUUAGAAAAUAUUUUUAUAAACCCAUGUUCGGGCAUUUUAGAAAGAGGAGCAACUACUGAGCAAGGCUUCUUGCUCAUCUAGUGAAAAGUAACAGUUCCCUGGAUAUGCUUCAUUAAAAGAUGACAACGGGAUACAAUGCUAGUAUAAAUCAUCUGUUACAGUUAGAUAAACAGUGGGAUUUAUUGUUCAAGCAGGGAAAUGCUGGUCCUUUGACCAUGACCAAUUAAGAUUUCUUUAUAUUAUGUUGACAGCUUCUUGUAUACUGAAUCACUGUGUCUAAUGUGUGUCAGUGCAAAAGUGACAUUACUCAUUGUGCUGUUACUUCUAUUUUUAUUAGCUUCAGAGGACAAAGUAAUUGUGUUUCCACUACUCUAGUCUGCUUAACUAUAAAAUUUGUUUGUUUUAUUAAUGGGUUGAUUUUUUUUUUCCUGAAUAAAUAGACAUUAUUUUUUAAAAUAACAUAAGUAAGAGCCAGAAAUCUCUUACAUGUACUAUUCUAAUAAGUAUGCACUUGCACGCUUCCAAAAUGACUCUAUAUCUGUCAUUUACUCACUGUUUCCUGUGGCUUCGUUUCCUUUUACAGAACUCCUUUCACAUUUGUACUUUGAAGAGUAAAACUUUAAAAAACUUUACUAAACUUCCUUUUAGAUUUAUUUUUUUUUUGCUGUUCUGAAGCUUCUGCACAAAUGAAAACUAGAAAAAGGAAUGCUGAGUCUACGAGUACAGAAACUUAAAGCAAACUUGAACUUUGGAUCUUUCCUCCUAUGAUCUGUCAUUAGAAAAUGGCCUUUUCCAGAUGGCAAAACAAAAGAAGUUAAGAAAGCAAAUGAAUUAAGAAGAAUUAAUUGAAGCCGCAUAUUACAAGUUGACAUUAUACAUCUGGCAUUUCUGUUUGUGUUUCUGCACCAGUACAUUUCAUUCCUCUAAGUUCCUAAUAUCGUGAUUUUUUUUUUUAUUAUUAUUAUAUUUUUUUCAAGAUUUUGAAGUGCCUACGAAGAACUGAGGAGAACAGCCUGGAGUAACAUAUUGCUCCCAGUUUAGCUAUACUUCAUUUUUUUUAAUCAAAUCUUUUUCUUCAGUGGAUAAACUCACAAAAUUAGAAAAGCCUCUUGAACUCCCUCAUGUUUGAGUUGGCAAAAUUCCCACACACAAUUAUCCAGACACAACUACUUUUAAGAGACCUUUAUUAAGGCUGUACAAAGUCAAACACUCAAGUUAGGAAAUGGCAAAACCCAAGUUUGUGGCUCUGGUUUGGCCACUUUUUUGUGAGUAUACUGCACUGUCUGCUUGAGCCUUCAGGAGCUGGUCAGAAAGUGAGCCAGGGCUGUGCAGAAGGUGUCUAAAACUGCCCAGCUUUGUGUGCCUGACAUUAUAAAAUCUUUUAUUCUCUUCAGAUAUGUAUAAUUGGGUUGUUUAAAACUGAACUUAAAAAAUGGGAUCUUGGUAUUUUGUGUAUCCUGUGUGUGUGAGGACUGAAUCCUGUGUUCUGCCCCUGGAUACCCGUUCUUGCCCAAAGCAUCAGUGUGGUGGGGAGUCACUGAGCUGGAGCAGCAGGUUCUGUUUUCACAUUUCACAAGCAGGCCACACACAAGCAUGAUUUGAGCCAGGAAUUUUUGCUUCAGUUCUGAGCACAAAAGAGCAUUUCCACGAAGGCUGCCGACUCUCAGCCCAGUUUCUUUCCUGAUCUAUUCUGCCUGAGCUGUCAAAUCUCACUCCAUUCCCUCCCUCAGCCCCUUAGUUCAGUCCAAGUCAUCCUUGUUCCUUCACUGCUUCUUGGCAAAAAAACUGACUUUCAGUGGAGCAUCUUUAAAUGGUUUUUCUUCUUUGUCUCUUUCUUCCCAUCACCCUUCCAGUCUUGCUCUUCCCUGGCAGAACUCUCCCUUGACAUGGAUCACUCUGCUCCCAGAUACCUUUUCCCACCCCAGGGAGCCACUCACCUUUCUGCUUCCUUCUUCCUCUUCACUCCAUGUAGAGUUUGGAGCAGUAAGUGUUGUCAGCCAUCUCCUGUCUCCAGCUUGUUUCUGUUCUAAUGCAGUAUAUUAUUUAAAGUAAAAAGUAGGCUUUUAUCUUCUUCAGUGUGGAUUGAUUAUCAAAUGAAGCACUAGCUCAGUGCUGCUAUAUCAAAAAGUAUUUUUAAACUUUUUUGUGUGUUUUGUUUCAGUGUAAGAAGUGUUUGGGAAAUGGAAAGCUCAAAAAAACACUCUAAGGUAUUUUUAAACGGGGCCGGGGGGAAGGUCAUGAAUGUGACUAAUUGGAAAUAUGUUAAUUGAGCUGUGAAGAGUUGAUCAGACCCAUGAUUAUGUUUGUCCAGCAAACCUGGCUCAUGCUUUAAGUUGUGUCUGCUGGAGAAGCAGGAAAUUGCAAAGGCACCUUGUCCGAGUAGCUGGUGAUAUUAAAGAAGCUAGAAAAAGUCAUGCUGAGACCUAGUCCAAGAAGCUAAGAAGUGUAUUCAGAGUGUUUGAAAUUUUUUAUCUGCUUUUUGGAGUGGUUAAAAAUGAUUAAACUUUUUAAAGGUAUUAUAGAAGUGAAUGGGGAAGAGUUUUCCAAGAUGAGCCCAUUAUCAUUGACUUUUAGCUGGUACUGACCUGCCAGUUAAUCUCUUAGCCUGGUUUUUCAUCACAGGUAAAAUAAAAAUGUAUCUGGGUUUGUGCAGUUAAAAGGAAUCCAGUAGUGAGGACUAAUGUUCGUUGUCUAUGCCCUAGACCUGUGUUUUAAUGCAGUGUUAGAGAUGAAACAAAGUUAUGUGGUUUUGUCUUACUUCUGUCAGAUAAAGAGAAAUGAAUCACAGAUUCAUAGAAGUUGGGAUCCUGAGUACAUUCGAGCUAGGCAAACAGCCAUGCAAACUGCUAGUAAAUGUAACUGGUGCUUCCAAGGGGCACAGCUGAACAAAUUCAAUAUCAAAUCUGGUAGCGAAAACUGAAUUAGAAUUGGCAGUUUUCUAAGGGAAACCUGUGAAAUGGCCAAAAACCCAACAGUUCUGCAGUCGAGAUGGGGGACAGCUUUGGCUCACCACCCAUCCUAUUUCAGUGAUGAAAUGGAGAAAUUAGAUGUAAAUGAAUAUAGAACAAAUAAGAAAAAAGGAAGUAGACAGGAAGUAGACAGCAAUCAACUCAAAAUGAGAAUUAUGAUGUGUAGAAAAGUAAUAAGCAAUAUCCAAAGGGAAAGAAUGAUGUAUGGGUUGGAGUGCUUGGAGAGGGCAAUAGAACUGAAGCUGAAAGGAAAUCUUUGCUGUAGGGUAGGGACCAUUCCUAGAUGCAGGUGGUAAAACUGCUAGUGAUGAUGUAAGAGAACUGGAAAGGUGAUGUCAUUCAUUAGCACUGCUUAAUAUUAAAAAUUAACAUUUUUUAAUUCAGUAGGUCUAGAAACCUUGUAUCAGUGCUUCUAAGGGAGCUGCCGGGGGCAGUGUUUGAGCUGCAGAUAGGGACAGUAAACAGGGCAUGGCUGGGUGAAGUGCUUGACAGCCCCAGGGAAGAGAUGGAACAGGAGAUGAAUGUUAAUGAGGGAGCCUGAUGUGAGUCACUUCAUUCUAUCUGUUUUUCACUUUUCUUUGGGAUUAGAGUGAACUGAAUGUAUCUGGGCCCCUGCAAAGCUUGGUGUUUUCUCACACUUUCAUCUUUCAGAGGGUUGUUCACGGGGAACCAUAAUGAAAUGAUGCACAUAAAAGGGUUUUCCUGGGACCAGUGGUUCCAGAUCAUUGAAGAUAGAUAUAAAAUGACCACUGAUAAAAUGUCACCAUUACAAAAAUACCCAUACCUGGACUAGAGUGAGUAAGAGCUCCAUGUGUUCCCACUAGAGUCCCAGGGUAAGAGACUAAUGAAUAAGAAUGUGUUCUUGUUUUUAAUUACCAUUACCAGUAAGUGAUUAAACUUCUGUAUGCCUCAGCUGUGAUGAGAGUUGGGAAUUUUGGAUGUAAUUUGGAUAUUUACAUUUUAAAAGAGAAGCUGAGUAAUUGGAAUGAAUGCAAAAAAAAAAAAAAAAGAAUAAAAAAUUACUAGUGGUGUGCAAAUGCCUUAGAGAGGGUGAUCCAGAAACUCAGCUGAAUUUAUCUACCAAAAAUGAGAAUGUCUUUGAUUUCAGUGCACAAGUACCUUCAUGGGGAGAAAACACUGAACACUGCAGUUCUCUGAUCUUAAAAAGAGCAACACAACAAGAAUGACUGACUGGCAAUCGAAGCCAGGCAAAUUCAAAUUGGAAAAAGGCACAAAUUCUUAAGAGAGAAUAACUGUGUAAUUUAGGAAUGUUUCUCCAAAAACUGUGAACAGAACAAUAAAAGUUAUGAUAUUUAUGCAAA